UUGAAAUUAAUCUUUAAAAUAAAGAAGAUAACCAGGAAUUUUUGUAGCUAGGAGUGAACAGUACAGUGUGUUGAGGAAAGUGGGGGAAGUGAAUUGAGAGAUGAUACGCUGAAGCAAAUUCAUUCGUUUCAUCUCCUUGGCCUGGAAUUUGUCAUUCUCUUGCAAUUUCAAACAACCAAGAUGGACGGUUGAGAAAACUCUUCCCUAUCACAAUUUAGGUUGACCAAGAACCAGAGCUCCAAAAUUUUCUAAGAAAAAACCUAACAAAAUCCACCAAGAUCCAUCAAUCAAAACUCCUCCAAGUUUCAAAAUUGAUCCAUUUUUUGAAUACCCAAUGGCCCAAAACCCAAGAAGCACAAGCAUUCUUGAAUCUCUGGGCGAAGAGAUUGUCAGAAUCGUGGCACCGGUCUCAAUCUGCAUGUUCAUGGUGGUAAUCUUGGUUACUGUUCUGAGCUCUGAUUCUUCGCCUUCAUCUACAGUGAUGACAAUUGCCGACAUAGCUUUCAGCGAGACCGACUCAGACUCCUCAUGGGACAAAUUUGUAGGUGCCCUUUUGUACUCCCUUUUGUUUGUGGCUGUUACCACUAUUAUCACAUUCAUUUUGGUCCUCCUUUUCUAUUUUAGAUACACCAAGUUCUUAAAAAUUUACAUGGGUUUCUCUGCUUUUCUAGUUCUGGGCUUUAUGGGUGGUGAAAUUGCCUUGUUUCUGAUUGAUGACUUUUACAUCCCUGUUGAUUCCAUAACAUUUCUGCUACUUUUGUUUAACUUUGCUGUUGUGGGUGUUUUAGCUGUCUUCAUGUCAAAAAUGCCAAUUUUAGUAACACAAGGAUAUUUAGUUAUUAUUGGAAUGUUGGCUGCUUAUUGGUUUACUCUUUUGCCUGAGUGGACUACUUGGGUGCUACUGGUUGCAAUGUCAUUAUAUGAUCUUGCUGCGGUUUUAUUGCCUGUUGGGCCUUUGAGACUCUUGGUGGAGCUUGCAAUGUCUAGGGAUGAAGAUAUUCCUGCUUUGGUUUAUGAAGCUAGGCCAGUGAAUCAUCAUGAUUCAACUGCAAGGAGUGGUGUAGUCCAGAGGAGGCUAUGGAGAGAUAGAAGAAAUGAGAAUUCAAAUGUUGGUACUGAUUCCAAUUUGAAUCCUAACUUGGUUUGUGGUGAAAGUGGGAAUUCUGGAUCAAACACAAACUUGAAUGUCAAUGAGACUGCACAUUCAAAUCCAAACCUUGGUACCAAUGAUAGCGACCACAGUGAUACAAGAGUCGUAAGAGUUGAAGAGCGGCAGAUUUCAGAUACGAAUGCAGAGCUUUCUGCUCCUUUACUUGAUCAUAGAACAAAUGUACGGCAGCUGGGACAGGAAGCUGCUGCAUCAAGUGAACAUUUGAUACUGGAGGGAAUUGGGUUGGGGUCAUCUGGUGCAAUUAAGCUGGGGCUUGGUGACUUUAUCUUCUAUAGUGUAUUGGUUGGGAGGGCGGCAAUGUAUGAUUAUAUGACAGUGUAUGCUUGUUAUCUUGCAAUUAUAGCCGGUCUUGGUAUCACUUUGAUGCUAUUGUCUUUAUAUCAGAAAGCACUGCCGGCUCUUCCAGUGUCUGUACUCCUAGGUGUAUUUUUCUAUUUCUUGACCCGAUUUUUACUUGAAGUUUUUGUUGUACAAUGUUCUUUGAACCUUGUGAUGUUCUAGCAAUAUUUAUUUGUUGUUACUGAUUAAUGCUCAAAAACAAAAUCAUAGAGCGUCAGAAUAUCAAUGAAAUGCACGACAUAAUCGUAACUUA